GACGCGAGCACCCACGCCACACGGCCCGGUGCCCACGCGCCCGGCCGCCCAGUCACCAUCCCCUCGCCGCACGCGUAGCAUUAACCCAGCGGCACUCGCACCGCACCGGGCGCCGCCCCACCCCAUCGUGUCACUCCCCACUCGCGUCGCGCUAGUGGAGUGGCGGCUGGCCUCGCGGUUUAAUUUCGGCACGGCAAGGCGCCGCGCGGCCGCAGCGUAGAUCCCUCUCCCCCCGCACGCUUGCUCCGCCCGUUCCCGGCGGCGCACGCGACCCGGCCUCUCGUGAUUUCCGACCUCUUACGCGUCCAACUCGUCUCUCGGCGAUGCGGGCGCAUCGCGCGAUGGGGGAGGGGGGCAACAAGCGGAUCGACCUGGGCGCGCCGCUCCGCUCGGUGCGCCGGACCGACGCGCCGCCGCACUACAAGGCCGACCUCAAGUCCGGCCCCGUGCGGCACCCGGGCGCCGUACCCUUCGUCUGGGAGCAACGACCCGGACAGCCCAAGAGCGUCCGCACCCGCCGCGCGCCUCCGACAACGCCGCCGCGGGAUACUUCCCAGGCGCGGCAGGAGGAGAUAGGCGGGGGUUCCUACCACGGUGCCCUGGGGGAGCGCGAACCCCAGCCGCUUCAUGCCAUCGCGGCCCACGGCUCCCGAACUGGCGCCGCAACGAACAAGGAGGAGGAGAAGAAGGUGGUGGCGCUGGAGGCGAAGAAGGAAGAGAAGCAGCAGGAGGCGGUCGUGGUGGCUGCGGUGCUACGGAAGGAGGAGGGCGAGGAGGAAGAGGAGAGAUUCUCCGACGCGCUCGACACGCUCUCCCGUACAGAGUCCUUCACCGUGAACUGCAGCGUUAGCGGCCUCAGCGGCGUGCCGGACCCGGUCCCGGGCACCGAGCCGGGCGCGCGCGGCUUCAUGAUGGACCGCUUUCUGCCGGCCGCGCAGGCCGUGGCGGUGGACUCCCCGCAGUACACCUUCCGGAAGGCUGGCGCCACCGGCAACUCAGGCCGUGGGCAUGCGCGUGCGGCUGCGGUAAAGGUAAGCGCGGGCAAUGGCGACGAUCGGAUGAGGAGAGCACCAGUCCAGCUGCCUUACCAGCAUCUGCCGCCCAAUUACUUGUCUUGCACCUAUCCAAGACGCGAGGAGCAUGAAGAGGAGGAAGAGGAUGACGAUGACUAUGAUGUGCAUAGUACCCGGGGUUUUUCAUCCAAAGGAUGUGGUAUGCUCCCUGGGUUGUGUGUGAAAACCUCCUUGUUGCUCCUGAAUCCAGUGCCUACGAUAAAGCGUGGCAAGGCACGAGGGCGAAGGAGAGAUCGGCAGUUCCAGUCCAAAUGCAGGGGGCAAAUGGCGUCGAGUCCGCUUGCCCGGAGCUCGCAAAACAAGCAUCUGGGAUGUGAUUCCAAUGGGCAAUCCUGGGAGGAUGUGUAUAAGCAUAAGUUGGAGCAGAAGUAUCGUGGUCAAGGAGAGGAUGGGAGGAGCAAGCUGACAAGUGAGUCGAACCAGCUGACGUUCUGGAGCGAUUCACAGACCGGGGAUGACUCUUCACCAUUCCACCACUCCAUGGGUGAUGGCUUGUCUCCAUAUCGCAGCUAUGCUGUGAUGUCACCAUCAAGCAAAGCAAAUGGGUCACUCGCAAUAGGAGAUAGAGAUGAGAAAGCGAGUGGGAGAAACGGCUCUGGUUCACUUGGAAGAGACCAUGAUCGCAGCUCAUUGGUUGGAUCAGAUCACACUAGUUUUAAGGGAUCAAGUUCCAUGAGCUCAGGGCUGGACAGAACAGGGCAUGAAGAUUCAAUGGAUCGUCAUGGAGAUAUUGAUUCAGAAACAGACCACUUGGAUCCGCUUCUGGAUACAAAAGCAGAUUCGAAUGCAAACGUAUAUGACUCUCAGCCUGAAGGACGACCGGUAGUUGGAAGGAAAUAUACUGCGAAAGAUCAAGACAAUGAUCCAUUGACUGAAAAGAUCUCUGAAUCCACACUUCCAAUGCCUUGUGGAAGCCCAGGAAUGGUGAAAUUGGAUGAUGGAAAACAUUUGAUGCAUGAUGCAAGCCAGGAGGUUUCACUACAUUUGGAAGACAAUAGUGUUGUCAAAAAGGAAUUUGUGCCUUUGCAAUCUCUGCCCCCUUUACCAGUCCCAAAAUCACCUUCAGAAUCCUGGCUUUCUCGUACUUUGCCAUCAGUGAUGAAUAAACCACCUGCGCCAUCUUUUCUUGGAAUCCAAGUACAGUCGAAGAAACAAGCUCCCUGGGCCUCGAUGUAUCCAAAGGAGAAUGAUCAAAAACCUUCCAGGCCACGGCAAAUAAGAAUUGCAUAUGUGGCAGAAAGGCCGACUUCGUUUGAUUCUGAGAUAUGAUGUCUUCCCUCAAGAUCGACAUCUAUUCAUGAUGUUCAUGCCUUGGAGGGCAUCAAGGUCAUCGACUUCACCAGCGCCCAAUGGCUCCCUAGGUGUGCCCCAUCCUUUUGCUGUUGCAGUGACAUGGAGCGGUUGCUGGCUACCAUCUUGUUGGUAAUUUGAAUUCACUUGCCAUGUUUGCUACAUUAUGUUUUGUAUGCUGCUCAUGGUAAGUUGGUGGUGGUUUAGAUUUGUUGUAAAUCGUAUAUUUAUACAGGAUUGCUUCUCCUUGCUUGCUUACUGUCCAUAAUGAAAUCAUGUAAUACUAUUCAGUCCAUAGAAGAGUUGCAAAAUGUAAUGGCACCAGAUGGAUCAUAGAAUAAAAAUGUCAAAACAAGUCAGACUCCCAUUUCUGAUA